AUGGCUACCACAACAAGCCUCAACCCGGCCUCCCGGCCUUCCAUCGCCUCUGUCCUGCCACCUGUCUUCCUAGGUACAGCAACCUUCAACACCCAGCAUGUAAAGGACCCGCUGCAGAUGCCGUACAGGCAAAUCGUCUCAAGGGCGCUAGAGCUCGGCGUCAACGGCUUCGACACAUCGCCGUACUACGGCCCCUCAGAAGUCCUGCUCGGUGACGCCCUGGCCGCCCACACCGCAGCCACCAACAUCCCCAGAGAGUCCUACGUGCUGGUCACAAAGGCAGGCCGCAUCGCCGGCAACGAGUUUGACUACUCGCCGGCGUACGUGCGCUACUCUGUCCUCCGCUCCCUCAGCCGCCUCAACACGACGUACCUCGACCUCGUGUACAUGCACGACGUCGAGUUCGUCUCCCCCGCAGAAGUCCUUGCUGCCGUCCAGACGUUAAGACAGCUUCGCGAUGAGGGCAAGAUCCGCUAUGUCGGUAUCAGUGGUUUCCCCGUCCAUGUUCUCUGCAGUCUCGCCGAGAUGAUCCUCGCUGAGACGGGUGAGGCUCUCGAUGCAAUCCUGAGCUACGGCCACUUCACCAUCCAGAACCCCACGCUCGGCCUCGCAGAGGUUGUCGCCGGACCCGACCACACCGACGAGCAGAGCCCGCUGCGGAGAUUCCGCAACGCCGGCGUGCAGGUCGUGCUGAACGCAAGCAUGCUCGGUAUGGGUCUCCUCACAUCCACAGGCGUUCCCGCGCGCACGGAGACGGCGGAGGGCAAGGCCGGCGUUAUCGCGUCGUGGCACCCCGCGCCGGACGACCUGCGCUCGGCAUGCCAGAAGCUCUCGGCCAUCGCCAGCGAUGCCGGCGAGCGUCUGGAAACCGUGGCGCUUCACUGGUCAAUGGAGGAGUACGCCCGCGUCGGCGCCGCAGCUGGUCUCGGCGUGCAAUUGCCGGGCCAGAGCGGCGACGUGCGCGUCGGAGGCAGCGUGAUGGGCGUCACCAGCACCGCGGAGCUCGAGCAAACUGUCGAGUCGUGGAAGCUUGUGCUCCAGGGUCUCGCUGCUGGCAGCGAGGCUUCGGCGCGGUAUGAGAAGCUCAAGGCUCUCGUGGAGCAGAAGAUGUGGCCCGAGUUGGGCGUGUGGAAGGGCUACAGCUGGGCGAGCCCCGAUGAGGGCUUCCAGAACGAGAGGAGCGCGGAUAAGUUUGGCUUGAUCCCGGAGGAGGAUGAACUGAUGACCAACUUCAUGACUAGAAUUUCCAGCAAUUUCCCCCAUGGCGAUGCAGGCUACGGAAUCGUUAUGAGGCGCACCAUAGCUGCGACGAAUAAUUGGACUGGAGUUGUCAGACUGCGGCACAGCCUGCCUUGGGCACACUUCGAGGCAUUCUGCCAGCUGCUUUCGGGGGCCAUAGAAAUCAUAAGGCGAGAUCUCCCCGCCCACAGCCUGAUCGUAUCUUCGCCAUUCUCUCCUUUUCAAAUGGCAGAAGCCUUCGGUCUUGUGGCGAGCGUCUUCGCAACUAUUCAGAUCGCGGAUAGAGUAGUAUCAAUCUGCAAGCACUACAUCGAGAACGUCCGGGAUGCACCCUCCGAUCUACGCACGAUCCUCGUCGAAUGUUCCUCGGUGGGGGCAGUCUUGCAGAACGUCGAGUUCCUCCUCAAAUUCGAAGAACCAUACUCGGCUUUGCGAAGAGCUUUGGACGGAGAUGCAGGGCCUGUUGCAGAAUGCCAUGGCGCCAUCGAACAGCUGGAGAAGUUGAUCGCCUCUGACCAAAACCAGGCACAAGGGCCCCCUGAUUCGACGAGAAGGAAAGUGCAGUCUCGCUUUAACCGCAACAUCCAGGACGAGUCAGCUCCAUUUUUGAGAUGGGUCCUUGAGCGUAUGUGUAGGAAGGUAGAUCAGGUCCCAGACCAUCUUUGGAAAUUGUUCAAGGAUGGCAAGGAUCCUAGCCUCAGCGACCUGCUCACUGCUCUUGAGGCUGUCUCACGCUACUUCAGCAGUGUUCACAUCACGAUUGACGCUGUUGACGAAAGCAGUCCCCGAGAAGAGCUUCUCAAGGUCUUGCGAGAUCUCGCCACCGACUUGAGAUUCUCAAACAUCCGGCUCUUAGUGACAAGUCGCGAAUAUCUGGACAUUGAAAAAGUCAUGGAAGAGGUUUCGACGGGAAUUUCUAUGAGGAACAAGUACCUCGAUGCUGAUAUUCGUCUGUAUACUGAAUCUCGACUCGCUAUCAACGACAAGUUGAAGGACUGGACAGAAGAUGUACGCCAAGAGGCUCUAGAGGCCUUGUGUAUUGGCGCAAAAGGAAUGUUUCGUUGGAUCGUGUGCCAGCUCGACUCUUUGCGACGAAUCAAAGGGAGCAAGGCAGCUAUCAUGAACGAACUGAGAAAUCUUCCAAAAACCCUCGAUGAAGCAUACGACAAAAUUCUCGAGGCCAUACCCGAAGAAGAUCUUCAAAUUGUGGUUUCGGCCCUUGAUUGGAUCUGCUUCAACAACAAAGUUUUUGGGCGUAAAUGGAUCGACUCCAACGUAUUGAUAGAGGCAAUCCAAAAAGACUUGUCACGGCAAAGCCGGUGUGCAAAAGACUACCGCUACGAUGUCGACUUCCUUCGCGAAUUAUGCGGCUGUCUCGUAACUGUCACGGCAGAUGUCGAAUUUGACUUUUGUGGCGGAUUAGAAAUCUCAUUCUCGCAUUACACUGUCAUGGAAUAUUUGGCCACGUCGAUCCGUUUUAGUCCUGAAUGCUGUUUUCGCCUUGACAAGUCCACAGCCCUAAGCGAACGAGCAAGCAUUAUUUCCUCGGAAGCAUUUCAGUACAAGAUCGGCGAGACAAGGACUCUUGAGAACCAUCGAACUUCUCCGACCCUUACAUGGCAGUUCGACUUUGGAACGUAUUGCAGUCUCGCAGUCAUGAAAAUGAUUCGUGAUUGUGAAGACGUUCUCCUACAGAAUGAGGAACUUGCUAUCAUGCUUACGACUUCACACCACUCAAGAACACAUCCUUUUGACACGAUUCAUAAUAUGGAACUCAUAGAAGACGGGGAACCAGUCGUGGAGAUAUUCCUUGGUUGGCACUCGGAUAUAGUAUUCUAUGCACCACCGCAGCCUGAGGUUCGCAUUUUGAUCGGCUUCUUGUACCUGCAAGCUUUCAAGCUAGCGGACUCCAUGCUACGCAAAGAGGGUUGUGCAGGGAAUCUCUUGCAGACUAUAGUACACAUGGGUUACCGAUUUGAUUUUGAGGAGUCGAUACAAAAUUUCCAUCUUCCUCUUAUGAGUUUUCUUGCGGCCACUGGUUCGGAAAGCUUCAUGGGUGAAGCAUUGCACCACCUCUUAACGAACUGGCACGAAGCUAUCGACUUUCGCUGUCUUCUCCUGGACUUCGUUGCUUUACAUGGCCAUGAGGAGUAUAGAGAAUACCCCUUAUCCGCGCUUCCAGCCUGCAUUGAGAUGUGCAGACUUGAGGAACUGCUAGAUCUGGGUGCGGAAACAGAUGCACCAGACUUUGUAGUCACGCCACUGCAAGUCGCCGUCGCUUGUUUGGAUCAGGACGGAGUGGAAAUUCUGCUCGAGGGCGGAGCGAAUCCAGACGCUAGAGGGAAUCCAGCUGCAAUGAAUCGGCCAGAGCAUACUAUAUUACGAAUUUUCAAGGGAUUCGUCAACGACCGCCUGGAAAACAUCGAGGAGAUCUCGGGCCGAAUCGAGGCUAUGCUACUCAAAUACGGUGCUACAUAA